CUGGCGGCCAUUUUGUGGCGUUAAGUCGGCGCGCGCGGGCGGCGCCCGUUCAUUUCCUCGCCGCAGCGGAGAGGGGCGGCCGUGCGGGUGCUGCCGCUUCGCCUCCGAUCCGGCCUUAGGCCGCCUCCCCGCCGGACCCCAGAGGUUACUUCUCCUCAGCCGCCGCCGCCCCUCGGGGGCUGUUGCCCGCCAUGAGUUACGGGCGGCCUCCGCCGGACGUGGAGGGCAUGACGUCCCUCAAGGUGGACAACCUGACCUACCGUACCUCCCCGGACACGCUCCGGAGGGUGUUUGAGAAGUAUGGCCGUGUGGGCGACGUCUACAUCCCCCGGGACCGCUACACUAAGGAAAGCCGAGGCUUCGCUUUCGUUCGUUUCCACGAUAAACGCGAUGCGGAGGACGCCAUGGACGCCAUGGACGGGGCCGUGCUGGAUGGCCGGGAGCUCCGAGUGCAGAUGGCCCGUUACGGCCGCCCCCCCGACUCCCACCACAGCCGGCGGGGACCCCCGCCCCGCCGCUACGGGAGCAGUGGCUACGGGCGCCGCAGCCGCAGCCCUAGAAGACGCCGGCGCAGCCGAUCUAGAAGCAGGAGCCGCUCUAGAUCUCGCAGUCGGUCCCGCUACAGUCGAUCCAAAUCCCGGUCUCGCACACGUUCACGGUCUCGUUCCACCUCCAAGUCCAGAUCUGCGAGGAGGUCCAAGUCAAAGUCCUCGUCUGUCUCCAGAUCCCGGUCCAGGUCGAGAUCCCGGUCCAGAUCUAGAAGCCCUCCCCCUGCCUCAAAGAGGGAAUCCAACUCUAGAUCCAGGUCUAAGAGCCCUCCCAAGUCUCCGGAAGAAGAAGGAGCUGUAUCCUCGUAGGAACAUGAUGCAUCAGAUAAAUGAGAACCCAGAUAAAGGACGCCUUUGGGGGGAAAAGAUCGCUUGAGUCUUCAGUCCCUUGGAGAGACCCUGGCAGAGCAACCAGCUGUUGAAAAGGUUAUUUUGUAAACAUUUUGUCUAACUUUUUACUUGUUUAAGUUGCGCCUCAAGUGGCAGAUUUUACAUUUUAUGUGCCAUUUUGUUGCUGUUAUUCAAAUUUCUUGUAAUUUAGUGAAGUGAACGACUACCGAUUUCAUUAUUGGCUUGGAUAUUUGAGGUAAAACUUCAUUUUUGUUUAUAUAGUGCUGACUUUCAUUUGAAAUUAAACCUGAUGGUAACUUGCUGCCUCCAGUUUCAUACUGAGAACACACGCAGCUAUUAUAUGCUGAGUAGAUAACUCUGUUGAAAAAUAUUCUCAAUUUUGUCUUCAUUCCUUAAAUAAAAUUCUGCAGAACUUUAAUUGGAAACUUACUGUAAAUGCUUUUUUUGUUGGUUUUUUUUGUUUUGUUUUUUAAACUUUGAAUUCAAAUACUAUCUUCAAAUUCAAAUUGGUAGAAAUCUUUUCAGGUGAACAGUUGAUAUUUGAAAGGAUUGUUUUAUCAGCCUCAAUUCUAAUCUCUUCUCUUAUGUAUUUUUGUGCACUAGGCGCAGUUGUGUAGCAGUUGAGUAAUGCUGGUUAGCUGUUAAGGUGGCGUGUUGCAGUGCAGAGUGCUUGGCUGUUUCCUGUUUUCUCCUGAUUGCUCCUGUGUAACGAUGCCUUGUCGUGCAGAAACAAAUGGCUGUCCAGUUAAUUAAAAUGCCUGACAACUGCACUUCCAGUCACCCGGGCCUUGCGUAAAAAUAAUGGAGCAUACAGUGAGCACAUCUAGCUGAUGAUUUACACACCUUAUUUUUUCCAGAAUGGUAAAAAAAAAACUUACCAACAUCCAUGUAUGAACUUAACGUACAAGAAAUGUAAUGUUAAGAAAAUGGUUCAUUCCUUUGUAAGUACUGAUUGGUGUAUCUUUUGCUUAAGACAUUCUGUACUAUACCCACUGUCUCUGUAGUUAAUAUUAAACAUUUUUCUGUGUUAACUUUUCUCAACUUAAUGUCUGAGUCAGCUUAUUUUUAGCUUGAAAAGAUUUCUGCAUUUAUACUGUUAUUUAACUUCUAUAUCGUAACUGAUUGCAUUUUGCUGCUUACCAGUUUUAUCCACUGUGGGAGGGGGGAUGCUUUUAAACUACUCUGGGCAAACUUAACUAGUGUUGUAACUAACCCAAACUCUGUAUGGCAAGCAUUGCAACCAGGCUGUAAGCACAGAAUGGGCAGAGAGCCCCUUGGACAUGGUUACAAAGAUACCCACUGAGCAGUACUACCUGCAUCACCCUGUGCUUGUCCUGACCCACAGGCUGCUGCUGGGGGUCCUAAUCUUACAGUGAUGAUUUUAAUCUUACAGUGAUGGUUUUUUUCCUGAAUUUGGGUAACAAAUGAACUGUAACUUCAACCAUCCAGUGUCAAGGGUUGUUGUAAUGCCUUGUGAACUUGAUGCAUGUAUGUUAAAUGGGAAUGGAAACAUCUGAAUACUUGCAGUCUGCCUUGAUUGAGGAUUAAAAGUACUUUUCU